UCUAGCCAGGUGUGUAUAAACCACGCAGCAUGAGGACUCUGGAAGACUCGUCGGGCACCGUCCUGCACCGCCUGAUCCAGGAGCAGCUGCGCUAUGGCAACCUGACGGAGACACGCACGCUGCUGGCCAUUCAGCAGCAGGCCCUGCGGGGUGGGGCCGGCGGCACGGGUGGCCCCCAGACCUCGCUGGAGCUCCCCGCACCCGAGGAGAGCCAAGGGCUGCAGCAGGCCACUCGCCAAGAGCCCCAGGGCCAGGAGCACCAGGGGGGCGAGGCCCACCUGGCCGAGAACACCCUCUACCGGCUGGGCGCGCAGACCAAUAAAGGCGAGGAGCUGCCCACCUAUGAGGAGGCCAAAGCCCACUCGCAGUACUAUGCAGCACAGCAGGUGGGGCCCCGGCCCCACGGCGAUCAUCAUCAUCGGGAGCCACGAGGGGCCCCGGGAGGCCCCAGGAGGCAGGACGAGGCCCUGAAGGAGCUGCGCCAUGGCCACGUGCGCUCCCUCAGUGAGCGGCUCCUGCAGCUGUCACUGGAGCGCAAUGGUGCCCGGGCGCCCAGCCUCAUGAGCUCCUCCCACAGCUUCCCGCAGCUGACCAGGAACCAGCAGGGAGCCCCACCCAGGGGCCCCCCUGCUGAAGUGCCGGAGACCCGAGGACCCCCGCCUCAGUACCCACACGCCGCCACCGCCGUACAAGCUCACCAGACGGUUGCUGCUGCGCCGGCCCCAAGGGCAUGUUCCUGGGGUCCACCUCCUCGCACCCAUGGCAACCCGUACUUCCAGCAAGCAGAAGUCAGGAUCCUGCAGGCUCAGGUGCCCCCUGUCUUCCUCCAGCAUCAGCAGUACCAGUAUGUGCAACAGUCCCAAGAGCACCCCCAACACCCGGCCACCCUUGGCCACGGACCCCUGAGCUCCCACAGUCCACCUGCAGUGGAAGGGCCAGCGAGUGGUCACAUGUCCUCGGCCCAGGUGGAAGCCGUGAUGAGGGAGAAUGCCAGGCUCCAGAGAGACAACGAGAGGCUGCAAAGGGAGCUGGGGAGCUCGGUGGAGAAAGCCGGCCGCAUUGAGAAGCUGGAAAAUGAAAUCCAGAGGCUUUCUGAGGCCCACAACAGCCUGACGAGAGCGUCUGCCAAGCGCGAGGCUCUGGAGAAGACCAUGCGGAACAAGAUGGACAGUGAGAUGAGGCGGCUGCAGGACUUCAACCGGGAUCUUAGAGAGCGAUUGGAAUCUGCAAACCGCCGGCUGGCGAGCAAGACACAGGAGGCCCACUCGGGCAGUCAGGAUAUGGUGGCCAAGCUGCUGGCUCAGAGCUAUGAGCAGCAGCAGGAGCAGGAGAAGCUGGAGCGGGAGAUAGCGCUGCUGCGCGGGGCUAUCGAGGACCAGCGGCGGCGCGCCGAGCUGCUGGAGCAGGCGCUGAGUAACGCCCAGGGCCGGGCGGCGCGCGCCGAGGAGGAGCUGCGCAAGAAGCAGGCGUACGUGGAGAAGGUGGAGAGGCUGCAGCAGGCGCUGGGGCAGCUGCAGGCCGCCUGCGAGAAGCGCGAGCAGCUGGAGCUGCGCCUGCGCACGCGCCUGGAGCAGGAACUCAAGGCCCUGCGUGCGCAGCAGAGACAGGCGGGCACCCUCAGUGGUGGCAGCGGCGGGUCCCCAGAGCUCAGUGCACUGAGACUGUCGGAGCAGCUGAGGGAGAAGGAGGAGCAGAUCCUGGCCCUGGAGGCCGACAUGACCAAGUGGGAACAGAAGUUCCUGGAGGAACGGGCCAUGAGGCAGUUUGCCAUGGACGCAGCCGCCACGGCUGCUGCCCAGCGCGACACCACCCUCAUCCGACACUCCCCACAGCCCUCACCCAGCAGCAGCUUCAAUGAGGGCCUGCUUGCGGGAGGCCACCGACAACAGGAGAUGGAGAGCAGGUUAAAGGUGCUUCAUGCCCAGAUCCUGGAGAAGGAUGCUGUGAUCAAGGUUCUCCAGCAACGCUCCAGGAAGGACCCCGGCAAGGCCCCCCAGGGCUCCCUGCGGCCUGCUAAGUCUGUACCAUCCAUCUUCGCGGCUGCGGUGGGAACCCAGAACUGGCAAGGGGUAUCCUCGAGUGAGCGGCAGGCAGAUGCCCGCUCGGCUGCCUCAGACAGGACGCCUGCCGAGGGGCCAGUGGCCACAGCCACGCUCCCUGCCCAUGCCAAACAUGGAAGCAAGGACGGGAGCACACAGACCGACAGCCCAUCGGACAACACCUCUGCCUGCCUGGCUCAGGAGCCCGACAGCUUGUCGGGGUGCAGCAGCGGCCAGAGGACACCCUCACUGGACUCUGUAACUACGCCCAGAGUCCAGGACUUGUCUGACAUGGUGGAGAUACUGAUCUGA